AUGACAAACAAAGAGAUCAAACCACCAAUAAAAGAAGAAAUAGAAAAGGAAGGAAAAAAAAAAAUAGCAUGGAAAGAAGAAGAAGAUACAAGAUUAAUACAAGCAGUAAAAGAAUUUGGAACGGAGAAUUGGAUAGCAAUACAAAGUACAGUAAUGACAAGAAGUAUAAAAGAAUGUAAAAAACGAUAUUAUAAUUAUCUUGAUCCAACAAUAGAUGGAACAGGAUUUACAUUUGAAGAUGAUAUAAUUAUUUUAAAAAUGGUAAAAGAAAUAGGAAAGAAAUGGAUUGAAAUAAGUCAACAUUUAGUAGGAAAAACACCACAUCAAACACGACUUCAUUAUGAAAUAGAUUUAAAAGAAUUUCAUCAACAUGAUGAUCAUUCUGAUGAAGAUAAUGAUGGGAAUGAAGAUGAAGGGAAAAAACCAUUAGAUUCAAUUACACAAUUAAUUCCUAAUGCAAUGGGAGAAGAAUAA